UUACUGCUGCUUUUCCCCUCCUUUCCGAGGUAUAUAUAGAUAGUGCAUUGGGGGCCAGGGCCAAAAUUAUGAUUGUUCCAACGGCUUAGUGUACUUAGCCAAUGAUUUGGCAGGGCCUACUAGGGAGACACUGGGACUAUGCCCAGAUCCUCCUACCAUCAGUAGGUGGAGGCCAAAUCCGUGCCAUCACUGAUAAACUGUUUGCCACUCUGUUCGUUCUUACUCCUACAGUUUUUGUUUGUCUAAUUUUUAUUGUUCGUUUGUAUCUUGGGCAAUUUCUAACACAUUGUCUGCAGAGCCUGCUUUCAUUCUGCAAAUUCUCAGCAUGGAUCAACCCAAUGAGUGGUGCUCUCCUCUUAGGCGGUGGUAUUUAUAAUAUUCUUAAGAAAGGUGGGAGUGAGGAAUUGAGUGAUGAAGCCAUUGAGGAAACACUUGAGAAGGUAUGA